GCUGCAGAGUACGUGCUUGACGUCUUGUCCCGGUCGGUCUUGCUCGGGUUGGACAGAAAGUAGCGGUUUUUUCCUCCGAGAAGGGAGGGACCGUGCACGAGCGGGCGGAGUGAAAGUGCACACGUGGACACCUGAGACGGACGUGGACGUUAGCCAAUGAGUGCGCGGCCUGGUGACGCCACCGUAUGUCGGCGUCCAAUGAGGCGAGUUUUUAGGGAAAAGACCCAAAGUGUUUAGAGUCGGAAAAAUUGGGUUGUUAAAACGUCUGUGGCCUGGAGACAUCAGGGAAUAGCUCAUGUUUACCCGAGUGUCCGUCUUUUACCCAAAGAAAAAAUAGUAACGUGUUGAAAAAUGAAGAUGCUCUGAUUUUCUAGUUGACUCCACUUCCAGCAACUUUUUUCAUCUCCAUAAAGAGCUUAGCAGUUGUGAUUCAUGGGGAGUUUCAAGGGUCAUGCACUCCCUGGGAGCUUCUUCCUGGUAGCUGGGCUUUGGUGGACAGGAAAGUAUUCCCUCUGGCACGCCACCCGCAGGAACAAGAGCAUAGGCUCAACCCGUCUGUCCAGCAGAGCAUCCCAGCGCCGCCUGGAAAUCAUAGAAAGCUCCGUCAUACUCUUCUUCUCUUUUGUCGGGAUGUUGGCAGAGCAGUUUCUAGCAGACGGACCAAGGCUCCAGUUAUACGACUUUGUCGAGAAGCACUGGGAGGACCUGAUGAACUGGCAGCAUGCCACCAUGUACCUGUUCUUUGGUCUGGCUGCCACUGUGUCUCUGGUUAUCCACACCACAGAGGCUGCACCACUGGCACUGGACCGGUUAAUGAUGGCCAUUGCUUUCUUUAAUGAAGGAUUUCUUUUCCUCUAUCACCUUCAUGGCAGGAGCAUGCUAGAUGUUCAUGUGCAUCAGCUUCUGCUCUAUGCUGUUUUCGGCGAAGCUCUUGGCUUUCUGGAGGUCUUCCACCGAGGAAACAUCAUACUGGAACUACUGCGUUGCACCCUCACCCUUCUGCAGGGAAGCUGGUUCUGGCAGAUUGGUUUUGUACUGUACCCUCCCCAAGGCCCUGAGUGGGACCUCAAGGACCAUAACAAUGUGAUGUUUGUCACCAUGUGUUACUCCUGGCACCUGGCCUUUGCCAUGCUUGUUGUGAGCGUGCUUUAUUGCACCGUCAGCUGCGUGGUUCGCUCCAGAUUAAAGAGGACACCUCCAAUGGAAAUGGGACUUCUAAAACCAAGAGAUAGGGAUCCCGAAUCAGAGGAUGAAAUUUUAUGAAGAAAACUGUAAUAAUAUACUGUUGCAGUUAAUCAGGGAUAUCAUAUUUGCAACAGCAGUACAAGUAGGACAAAGACACACAGAGAAAAAGGGAUGAGGACAUGGGUUUUGGAUGCUUUACUUUAAGGAUAAUCUCUACCUCUGCCUUAUUGUAUCAGCUGUACAUCUCUUUAGCCUGUACCUUUAUGCUCAUGUUCAGUGCUAUUAUUUUGCUGUGGCCUUAGUCUUUGCAUGUAUGCUGUCAUAUCAUUUUGUAUUAUUCAUUGCACAUACAGUACCAAUAACCUGAACUAAAGGGUUUAUGGGUAGCAUUCGACUUGCCAACACUCCUAGUCAAACUUUUGGAAUUACUUAAUGAUGUGGUGAAAUUGACAUACUGUACUUGAAAGCAUGUCUUUAUAUAUUUUAUGUGCCUCUUCUUUCUGGGAAGGGCUGAAAAGUUAACUCGCAUAAUGUGAGUAAGACCUGAAUGCCAAACAGCAAGAAUUGAAUGAAAGUAACUGAUGUUAUUACAGAUUGCUAAUUAAUCUAAACAGUAGCAAGUGUGUAUUUUUGCUAUAUCUUUUCCUACAAAUAUAUUCUUUUCAGCUUAAUUUAGCUGAAAGCUGAAAGAGACAUGAAAAAAUAUGCAUGAUUGAGAUUAAAAAUUAAAACAAAAUCUCUUUUGUCAUGAUAGAUAUUCUAGCAGUGUACAGAUGCACUAAAUGAACACUUAUGCACUACAGACUAAAGUAAACAAUGAUAGUAAAGUUGUGGGGUUGACAAACAAAUGGCUCAUGGGCCAAAACCGGCCGGCUGUAUCCAAAUCCAAUCUCCAGGAUCAGUGCAAAAAUUAUAUUGAGUCAUUAAAUGUCAAUGGUGUCAAACUCAUUUUAGUUCUAGGGCCACAUACAGACCAACAUGACUUCAAGUAAAAUAAUAGCAUAAUUGUUACAGUCUGGCCCUGGUCAAUCCCCUUUUCCCCUUUACUCUCUAUAACUCUCCCAAUGUCAGGCGAUCUGCAAUUUACUCAGUACUUAAUACUUCCCAGACUGAUGCAGAUCACCAGAUGAUUCCACUCUACUUUGAGAGUCCAUCCUGUACUGUGCACGUUCUGGGAGCUUGCCCUACAGAGGAAGCCAGCCACUGCCUUGACCAAGCCACUGCUCGUCUACAGCUAAGUCUUUGCAACUGCUCAUGCUAGGCCUUCUUUUUCUACCACCACUGCUAUGCUAAAGCCAUUGUUCUUCUACUGAUAUCAAAUGCUACAGCUAUGCUAAAGCAAUUGUUCUUCUACUGCUACCAACUGCUACAGCUACGCUAAUCCAUUGUUCUUCUACUGCUACCAACUGCUACAGCACGCUAAUCCAAUUGUGCUUCUACUGCUACCAACUGCUACAGCUACGCUAAUCCAUUGUGCGUCUACUGCUACCAUCUGCAACAGCUGCACUAAAGCCAUUCACCAACUGCAACUGCUACGCUAAAGCCAUUGUUCACCAGCUGAUAACCGGCUACACUAAGCCAUUCACCAACUGCAACUGCCAUGCUAAAGCCCUUAUUCACCUACUGCAACCAAGCUAAUGCUAGCUUAAGACCAACCCUGCCACCCAGAAGGACUUUCUACAUCACCCACUACUCAACUCCUUUUCCCCCUCCACUUCCCCUUUCCCUAUUGAGAUUUUAAUAAAACCUAUUUGUAUUCUUUAAAUCGGCCUCUGCUCCUUGUUCUGCAUUUUGGGUCCAAACCUCUCCACCCACACUUCACAGAAUCAUCUGGCCACUUAUGG